AUGCCCCUAUCCAGUUCGAUGAACGAGUAUUACAUUAAAAUGAACCCUGUGAGCCCUAACCCCCAAAGCGAAAUGCAUUCCGGCGCAACCUCAACCAGUCACCACUACCCAACCAUGCUCAAGGCAGGCCAUUCGAAGACACCAUCAAAAUCGACUGUGAAGUCUCCCUUAAUAAAAUUCACAGAUCCUUUUUCCACUGAAAUACACACACAUUCUAUGGCUAACAAGUCAGCCACUACACGACCCGCCUCCCUGUCCAAUGGAAUUCACCGUCGUAAUACUGUAGCUGUUGACCCUUCUCGACCCCCUCGUCCCAUCCGCGGGAGUAUCCUCAAAGUCAAUGAACGUCCAAUGAUCGGGAAGACCAUACAUGGUGCACAAUUCGAAAUGGUGACACCUCCUCGCUCCCCAAAGGAUGUGAGUCCUCAGGAUGUUCGACUCCCCCUUCGUGCUAGAUCCGCAGAGCCCUCGAAUGGGAUGAGGCGCACUUCGACUGUGACACGCGGGCUUCGCCCGAGGCAACAAAACAUUGCCGCCCACGGGUUGAAACCCGCUACUAUUUCCACAGCCUUGAAAUCCCGCUCGAGUAUGAUUCCCAUUCGGAAGGAUGCGACCUUUAGGGCUCUCACUGGGAGCCAAUCUCGCCGCGAUACAAGCAGAAUAGUGUUGCCGGAUGAAUGGACUCUGGGGACUGCGUCGCAGAGGCCAAACCUAAAUUGGCGGUCUACGGGCCUGAGUAUACCUCCGGAACCAAUAGUAGAGGCCGAGCACCGACGGGUGAACAGUGAGCCUGAAGUCAAGCCCAACCCGGACGCUUACCCCCACCUUACUUCUGGAGAACAAGUCAUUCUUGUGAGGAAGUUGCGAGUGCUAUUGAAGUGUGCGGGGAUUAACGAUCGGGCACUUGACGCAUGGGAGGAGUCUUCGAUAAAAGAAUCUACUCUGGGCAAUCCAGGGGGCGUAUUUGGUCGGGAUAGCACACCGGGGCUCUUUUGCGUAGCUCCGCCUCCUAGCGAACGUACACUAGAAAAGUUGGCCUGUACUUUUGAUCAAGGACCAUCCUAUGGUGUCAAAACAUCUCUUGCCAAAGAAGGUAUUUCCAACGUUUGCGCUUUACUUAGACUAUACCUACGUGGUCUCCCCGAAGCUGUAUUGUCCAAUUGGUUCUGGCCCAUUAUUCAACGACUUACCCUAAUCGAAAAUAGCGACAUGAGGAUCACGUCAGCACAAACCGCAGCCAUCCAAGCCAUUCUACAUCUCCAGCACCCAACGAGCUUCAGUCUAUUAGUUUACCUUCUCGCGUUCCUACACCAAUUGGCUCUCCAUGGUUCCCAGAAUGGACUCAGCAUUCCUAUCCUGGCGGGGAUAUUUGGCCCUGCUCUAUUUUCUCCACGCAAGGGCAACGCCGUUCGUGCCGGGUGUGUCAUCAGUCCACCUCCCGAGAACCAGGUUCUAGUCAAGACAUUCCAGAGCGUGCAGGAUGUGGCCGAAGGAACGAGGGUAAUGACUUGGGUUUUGGAGCACUGGGACGGAAUUGCCACAGGGUUAUUGUCGUUGGAUAUUGUGCACGGGAGCGAGAAAGGUAUUCAAGCAUGGGAAGCGAACUUGUUCAAAGACCCUCUUGUGAUGUUCCGAGGGGAAUCGGACGGCCAAUAUAGCGAGGGUCUGUCCACUAAUGAGAUUCUGGAGCCCGGACCCGACAACCUUCUUGUUUGCCCUGAAAUGAUAAUGGUUGAUCGGGUACCUGUGCAUGAGGUUCGGAAUAGUACCGUUAAAGCUGCAGAGAUUCCCCCAUUUCAUUCGACGCGUACGUCGUCUCCCGCCACACUUUGGAGUCAAGAAACUGGGCCAAAUCCAAUUGCGGUAUCACGGACUACAUCACUCGAAGCUAACAAAACAUACUCGGAACCUAUAUAUGUCCGAGAAUUGCGCCGGAGAUUGGAUACUCAGGAAGACAUGCUCGGAUCCCUCCGUCAAGAGCUGGCUCUGAUUCGGAGUCGUUUCGUGUUCCCUCUCCCACCGGAUGACACGUCCUCAAAAAUUAAAGACAGCAUUAUAGUGGAUGAGCCAAAUACGAUCAAUUCCGAAAUGGAGGAGGACACCAUGCAAACUCCUCGCCCGCCUUCUACGUCUCAGUGCCCGGAAUUUUCAACAAUAAACGAACUGAUGGAUUCGUUGGAGUCUAAUCCCGUCACGCCGCUGUUCCACAAGACAGUCCUCGACAAUAUUCCGGACAUCGACUCGGAGCAACGUAGCACAAUCUCAACAUCGCCAACCGCCCAUUCUAGAGGAUCACCCGAAUCAAGCUCGACCUCUGAUUUAUCACCAGGCACACCGCUCAACGAACCUGCUCAAGGUUCACUUUAUAUAGCAAACCCCGAUCUGGCCCCAAGCGAGAGUACCGAGUCCAGACGUGGCGGAGGUAAACUCGAGGAAUUAAUUACGGCUCGUGAUGCAUUGAAGAGUGCGCUGGCUGCUAUGGACCCUGUCAAGGUUCAACUCAAGGCCGUGGAGGAAGAACUCGAACAUCGUGGUAUGCGUGCUAUUUCGUAG